CCCGGGCGGCGCGAGCCCCCGCGCGCCGGGGAGUGGCGCAUGCGCGGGCGUCUUGCGAGCCCGCUGAGGCGAGCCGAGCCGCGGCGGGGCCGGGAGCCGAGCGGCGGAGCUGUGAGAAACCGAGCGGUGGCGCGGGACGGACAAGUGGCGAGCUUUUUUUCUUUUGCCUGCGGCGCCUGGAGCUGCUGGGCCGCCCGCGAAAGCGUCGCGGUCCGGUCGUGGCGGCGGGGGCGGUGGCAUCCUGGACGGCCUGUGAGAGAUGCGCCGCCCACUGCCCCGCGCCGCCUGACCGCCCCCGCCUCGUCUCGCGGUGCGCCACAGCCGGGCCCGCCGCCGUCCCCGCCGCGCUGUCGCCCGGCCGCCGCGCCCGCGGGGCCGCGCCCGGCCAGGCCAUGUGGACCCCCACCGAGGAGGAGAAAUACGGCGUAGUGAUAUGCAGCUUUCGAGGAUCUGUCCCUCAAGGAUUGGUCUUAGAAAUAGGAGAGACGGUUCAGAUUCUUGAAAAAUGUGAAGGUUGGUACAGAGGAGUUUCAACAAAGAAACCCAAUGUAAAGGGAAUUUUUCCUGCAAAUUACAUUCACUUGAAAAAAGCAAUUGUCAGUAAUAGAGGGCAGUAUGAAACUGUGGUUCCACUUGAAGAUUCUAUUGUGACUGAAGUCACAGCAACUCUGCAAGAAUGGGCCAGUCUGUGGAAACAAUUGUAUGUGAAACACAAAGUAGAUCUUUUCUACAAACUUCGCCAUGUGAUGAAUGAACUUAUUGAUCUGCGAAGACAGCUCCUAUCUGGUCACCUGACUCAGGAUCAGGUGCGGGAAGUUAAACGACACAUCACCGUACGUCUGGACUGGGGUAAUGAACAUUUGGGUCUGGACCUGGUGCCCCGGAAGGAUUUUGAAGUAGUGGAUUCAGAUCAAAUUAGCGUCUCAGAUCUCUAUAAGAUGCAUUUGUCUAGCCGGCAGAGUGUACAACAAAGCACAUCCCAGGUAGAUACAAUGCGCCCACGUCAUGGAGAGACCUGUCGGAUGCCGGUGCCACACCACUUCUUCUUUAACUUGAAGAGUUUCACCUACAAUACCAUUGGAGAAGAUACUGAUGUCUUCUUCUCAUUGUAUGACAUGAGAGAAGGCAAGCAGAUCAGUGAGCGGUUUCUGGUGAGACUCAACAAGAAUGGUGGGCCAAGGAACCCGGAGAAGAUAGAACGAAUGUGUGCCCUUUUUACAGAUUUGAGCAGCAAAGAUCUGAAGAGAGAUUUAUAUAUAGUUGCCCAUGUGAUCCGAAUAGGCCGGAUGCUCCUGAAUGAUUCAAAGAAGGGCCCUGCUCACCUGCACUACAGGCGACCAUAUGGCUGUGCGGUCCUAAGCAUCUUGGAUGUCCUACAAUCACUCACAGAACUAAAGGAAGAAAAGGACUUUGUUCUUAAGGUUUACACGUGCAACAACGAAAGUGAGUGGUCCCAGAUCCAUGAGAAUAUCAUCCGAAAGUCCAGUGCCAAGUACUCUGCACCCAGUGCCAGCCACGGUCUGAUUGUUUCUCUGCAGCUUCUUCGUGGAGACAUGGAACAGAUCCGGAGAGAAAAUCCCAUGAUUUUUAAUAGGGGAUUGGCAAUUACAAGAAAAUUGGGAUUUCCUGAUGUCAUCAUGCCAGGUGAUAUCCGCAACGACUUAUACCUGACCUUGGAGAAGGGAGAUUUUGAGAGAGGAGGAAAAAGUGUACAAAAGAAUAUUGAAGUGACCAUGUAUGUACUUUAUGCAGAUGGAGAAAUCUUGAAGGAUUGUAUCAGCUUGGGGUCAGGAGAGCCAAAUAGGAGUUCCUACCACUCCUUUGUCCUUUAUCACAGCAAUAGUCCUCGUUGGGGAGAAAUUAUCAAAUUGCCCAUUCCUAUUGACCGAUUCCGAGGCUCCCACCUGCGCUUCGAGUUCAGACAUUGCUCCACCAAGGACAAAGGGGAAAAGAAGCUCUUUGGUUUUGCAUUUUCACCCCUGAUGCGUGAUGAUGGUACUACCCUCUCAGAUGAUAUUCAUGAGCUUUAUGUUUACAAGUGUGAUGAGAAUAGCACAUUUAACAAUCAUGCUCUAUACCUGGGCCUGCCCUGCUGCAAAGAAGACUAUAAUGGCUGCCCUAAUAUCCCUUCGAGCCUCAUCUUUCAGCGCAGCACCAAAGAGUCUUUCUUCAUUUCCACGCAACUCUCCUCUACCAAACUCACCCAGAAUGUUGAUCUCCUUGCUCUGCUGAAAUGGAAGGCCUUCCCAGACCGGAUCAUGGAUAUCUUAGGGCGACUGCGACAUGUCAGUGGAGAGGAAAUCGUUAAGUUUUUACAGGACAUUCUGGAUACACUCUUUGUGAUUUUGGAUGAUAAUACAGAGAAAUAUGGCCUGUUAGUUUUUCAGUCUUUGGUGUUCAUCAUCAACCUGCUCCGAGACAUCAAAUAUUUCCAUUUCCGACCCGUGAUGGACACAUAUAUCCAGAAGCACUUUGCUGGAGCUUUAGCAUACAAGGAGCUCAUUCGCUGUUUGAAAUGGUAUAUGGACUGCUCAGCGGAACUGAUUCGGCAGGAUCACAUUCAGGAAGCGAUGCGGGCCUUGGAGUAUCUUUUCAAGUUCAUCGUGCAGUCACGGAUCUUAUACUCACGAGCCACCUGUGGGAUGGAAGAAGAGCAAUUCCGGUCCAGCAUCCAAGAACUUUUCCAGUCCGUUCGGUUUGUGCUCAGUCUGGACAGCAGAAACUCAGAAACACUCCUUUUCACUCAGGCUGCACUCCUCAAUUCUUUCCCAACCAUCUUUGAUGAACUGCUGCAAAUGUUCACUGUGCAAGAGGUAGCGGAGUUUGUGAGAGGAACCCUGGGGAGCAUGCCCAGCACUGUGCACAUUGGGCAGUCGAUGGACGUUGUGAAGCUACAAUCUAUUGCCAGGACAGUAGACAGCCGCCUCUUUUCUUUCUCAGAAUCCCGCCGCAUCCUGCUUCCUGUGGUUCUCCAUCACAUUCACCUUCACCUGAGGCAGCAGAAAGAGCUGCUUAUCUGCUCAGGAAUUCUUGGCAGCAUCUUCUCCAUUGUCAAGACCAGCUCUCUGGAGGCAGAUGUCAUGGAAGAGAUAGAGAUGAUGGUGGAGAGCCUCCUAGACGUGCUCUUGCAGACUCUGCUCACCAUCAUGAGCAAAUCGCACGCUCAGGAGGCGGGUGAGUAUGUGUCCUGCCUUCUUUCACUACUCCGCCAGAUGUGUGACACCCAUUACCAGCACCUCCUGGACAAUUUCCAGAGCAAAGAUGAACUCAAGGAAUUCUUGCUGAAGAUUUUCUGUGUGUUCCGGAACCUAAUGAAGAUGAGUGUGUUCCCUCGGGACUGGAUGGUGAUGAGACUGCUCACAAGCAAUAUUAUAGUCACUACUGUCCAGUACCUGUCCUCUGCACUGCACAAGAAUUUCACAGAGACAGACUUUGACUUCAAGGUGUGGAAUUCUUAUUUUAGCCUGGCAGUUCUGUUCAUAAAUCAGCCAAGCCUUCAGCUAGAAAUCAUUACUUCAGCCAAGAGGAAGAAAAUUCUAGAUAAGUAUGGGGACAUGCGUGUGAUGAUGGCUUAUGAACUGUUCAGCAUGUGGCAGAAUUUGGGUGAACAUAAGAUACACUUUAUUCCGGGAAUGAUUGGUCCUUUUCUGGGUGUGACGCUGGUUCCCCAGCCAGAAGUACGGAAUAUCAUGAUCCCCAUUUUUCAUGACAUGAUGGACUGGGAGCAGAGGAAAAAUGGCAACUUCAAGCAGGUGGAAGCUGAGCUGAUUGACAAGCUGGACAGCAUGGUGUCAGAAGGGAAAGGUGAUGAGAGCUACAGGGAGCUCUUCGGCCUGCUCCUGUUGGAGAAGGUUGAACAGGAAACGUGGCGUGAGACAGGCAUUUCCUUUGUGACUUCAGUCACCCGCCUCAUGGAACGCCUUCUUGACUACAGGGACUGCAUGAAAGGAGAGGAAACAGAGAAUAAGAAGAUUGGCUGCACUGUUAACCUGAUGAACUUCUACAAAUCUGAGAUUAACAAAGAAGAGAUGUAUAUUCGCUAUAUCCAUAAGCUUUGUGACAUGCACUUGCAGGCCGAAAACUACACUGAGGCUGCGUUCACUUUGCUCCUCUACUUUGAGCUGCUGCAGUGGGAGGACCGGCCACUGCGGGAAUUCCUCCACUACCCAUCUCAGACAGAGUGGCAGCGGAAAGAGGGAUUGUGCCGGAAGAUCAUCCACUAUUUCAACAAAGGCAAGAGCUGGGAGUUCGGGAUCCCACUGUGCAGGGAGCUGGCAUGUCAGUACGAGAGCCUCUAUGACUAUCAGAGCCUCAGCUGGAUUCGGAAAAUGGAGGCCAGCUACUAUGACAACAUUAUGGAGCAACAGCGUCUGGAGCCUGAGUUCUUCCGUGUCGGCUUCUAUGGCAGGAAGUUUCCUUUCUUCCUUCGGAACAAAGAAUAUGUGUGCCGUGGCCAUGACUACGAGAGGCUGGAGGCCUUCCAACAGCGGAUGCUCAGCGAGUUUCCCCAGGCUGUCGCCAUGCAGCACCCCAAUCAUCCUGAUGACGCCAUCCUGCAGUGUGAUGCACAGUACUUGCAGAUCUAUGCAGUGACGCCUAUUCCAGAUUAUGUGGAUGUUCUGCAGAUGGAUAGGGUCCCAGACCGUGUCAAGAGCUUCUACCGUGUCAACAAUGUGAGGAAGUUCCGGUACGACAGGCCUUUUCACAAAGGCCCCAAGGACAAGGAGAAUGAAUUCAAGAGCCUGUGGAUUGAACGCACCACACUGACCCUGACCCACAGCUUGCCUGGCAUCUCUCGAUGGUUUGAAGUGGAGAGGCGGGAACUGGUGGAGGUGAGCCCUCUGGAGAAUGCCAUCCAAGUGGUUGAGAAUAAGAAUCAGGAGCUGCGGGCCCUGAUCAGCCAGUAUCAACACAAACAAGUACAUGGCAACAUCAACCUGCUCAGCAUGUGCCUGAAUGGUGUCAUAGAUGCAGCUGUCAAUGGAGGCAUUGCACGCUAUCAGGAGGCCUUCUUUGAUAAAGAUUACAUCAUCAAGCACCCAGCAGAUGCUGAGAAAAUCACCCAGCUCAAGGAGCUCAUGCAGGAGCAGGUCCAUGUCCUCGGAGUUGGGCUAGCAGUUCAUGAGAAGUUCGUGCACCCAGAAAUGCGGCCUUUGCAUAAGAAGCUGAUUGAUCAGUUCCAGAUGAUGCGGGCCAGCCUCUACCAUGAAUUUCCAGGCUUGGAUAAGCUAAGCCCUGCAUGUUCAGGCACCAGCACUCCACGGGGAAAUGUUCUGGCAUCCCAUAGCCCCAUGAGCCCUGAGAACAUCAAGAUGACCCACCGGCACAGCCCCAUGAACUUGAUGGGCACAGGCCGCCAUUCAUCAUCCUCUCUCUCCUCACAUGCGUCUAGUGAAGCAGGAAACGUGGCGAUGAUGGGCGACAGCUCCAUGGGCGAGGCACCUGAGGACCUGUACCACCACAUGCAGCUCGCGUAUCCCAACCCCAGGUACCAGGGCUCAAUCACCAACGUCUCUGUUCUGUCCUCGUCCCAGGCAAGCCCUUCUUCUUCCAGCCUGAGUUCCACUCACUCAGCACCAUCCCAGAUGAUUACCUCUGCCCCUUCCAGUGCCCGAGGCUGUGCCUGGUGUUCAUUGCCCUGGAGAGCAAAGGGGAAGAACAAGCAGCAGGUCCUGCUGUCAGUGACCUCCCAGACUGGCUGUUACACCUGUGUCCUCCCAGCUGUUUACUCGUUUAUUCACUCAUCGAGCUUUUCCUGAACCCUCAGUGAGGAAGCUGCGUGGGUCUCAGGGAACACUACAUCAGAGUUGAAUGGAGAAAUUCUUUUCUCCUUGUUUGGAAAUACCCCUCUUUAUUUUACAUGGCUUGGUUAUAUGUUGCUACACAAUAAACCACAUCCAAAACUUAGUGUCUUAAAUCAUCUCUCAGCAUUCUGUGGAUUACUAGGAGUCGCUUUAGGACUGAAAUCAUCUAAAGGCUCCACUUGACUGGGUGUCUGAGAUGGUUGACUCGCGUGGUUGGCGGUGGAUGGUGCCUGUCAUCUGGGGCUGUCCACUUGAACCUCUGUAUGUGACCUUUCCAUGUGGCUUAGGCUUCUUACAGCAUGGUGACUGAGUUUCCUCAGAGCAAGCAUCCCAAGAGGCUCCGGCAGAAACUGCAAGAUGCUUUAUUACCCUACCUUGGAUAUCCCAGCAAGUUCCCUUUACCAUAUCUGUUAGAUGGUCAAAACAUUAGGUCCAAUGCAGAUGCCAGGGAGUGGUGUGAGACUGCACUUCAUGUUAUGAGUGGCAUUUUGUUUAGGGAGGGAAGAAGCCCUUGAUAAUCAUCAUUUUGGGAGAUAAUCAGGAUGGCAAGACUACAGACUAUUGAGAAAAACCAAUUUCCUUUCUGGACAAUAAGUGCGAAACUAUACAAAAUGACUAAAUAACCGGGCCCAAAGUAGGGAAUGAUGACAAGGGCAGAAGAAAAGAUGAGAGAAAGUUGCUUCUAGACCACCACAGUCAUACAGUCCAUGUGUGGACCCAUCUGGAGAAAAAUCACAGUGCUGAUAUCUAUUGGGUGUGGUGUUAGGUCUGUGAAUAAAGAUAGGAAACCAUGUGUGAUGUGGCAUUGUAGAGGAAGACAUGAUUUCCAACACACAUGGUAAAUGUAGUCUGGGCAGAGACGGGAGAGAGCAGCAGUCCAGUCAGCAGGGCUUAUGUUUGGUGUUACCAGUGAGGGAAAACUUUCAUGGACAGUAUGAAGCAAGAGUCUUUAGAGUUACUUCCCCUGCACCCAAGAGGAGUAUGAGACAACCACUGGCUGUCUGCUGUGGUUCUUGUUCUUAGGAAACCUCUAUGUUGAAUGACCUACAGAGCAGUUUAAAUACUUGUAAGUCAGCAGCUCCCCCUGGCGAUCACAAGAAUGAUCGGGGCUAGGAGACCAGAGGGUUUUUGUUUUAAGGCUUUUUUGUUUGAAAGGCAGAACUAUAGAAAUAAAGGGAGAGAUCUUCCAUCUUCUGGUUCUCUCCCCAAAUGGCUGCAAUGGCCAGAGUCGGACCAGUCCAAAACUGGAAGCCAGCUUCUGGGUCUCCGUGUGGGCCCAGGAGCCCAAGCAUUUGGGUUAUCUCCACUGCUUUAAAACAUUAAAACAGGGAGCGGGAUUGGAAAUGGAGCAGCUAGAAUUCAAACCAAAGCCUGUAUGGGCUGCAGGUGAAUACCUAACUACACCACAGCACCAAACUCUUCCUUAAAUAACUCAGUCACGCCAGAAAUGAGUCUACCUGUGGUUUACCAGAUGACUACAACUCAAACAAGUGGACAUGGCAGCCCUUAGUUGCACACAUUUAAAUGUUUUCAAGAAAAUCAGCUGUCACUGUUCCUACAAUGGGGCCACCGGCAGGGGUGGGGGAGUGGAAAUUCAGAGGAUAGUGGAAGAGAAGUGAGGCUGAGGCAGUAGAGCUGAAAACAUCAAUGUCACCACAGAGCACCCCUUGUUAUAGUACCAGAGGUGCCUAUGACAUGAAUCUAAAUCCUCCGUGGAGUUCCUGGGCCCUGUCUGGGACCUGAAGGUUACUCUCCUUUCAGGAUGGGAUCAGGAUAAAAGAACACAGAUGUGGGCUUGGCCUUGUGAACCAGCCUGAGAGCUCUGUGAGGUGAGGGAACAGGGACAGUCUGCAAGGCAGUGUACCAGGAUCUAACAGGAUGCCUGGGGUGGACUGAGCAUUUGCUGUAAAAGUGUGAGAUAAUUGGCUCAAUAUAAAGAUUUUGUGUGCCUGUGCAUGCUCACUAGUAAGCAGCCUGACCAGAACUAUGACCCUCAAGGAAUUCUGAGUUGCUUGCUAGGAAGGCACCAUACAAAUCAGUAGGUUGCAGCAGGUUGGUUUCUUUGUUUUGUUUUGUUUUUGUUCUUGUUUUUCUUUACAUACCUAUCUUCAGGAAGUUGCCAAAGAGUACAAAUUCUAAAAAGAAUAUAAGGGCCUGGCACGAUGGCUCAGUUGUUAAAUCUUUGCCUUGCAUGUUCUGGGCUCCUACAUGGGCACCAGUUCCUGUCCUGGCUGCUCCACUUCCCAUCCAGUUCCUUGCUUAUGGUCUGGGAAGGCAGUCAAGGAUGGCCCAGUGCCUUUGGACCCUGAACCCACUGAACCUGGAAGAAACUCC